AUGGAGAAAGAUUUGCGCCAGUAUUUCAAGGGGCUCAAACGGGAAAUGGCUAUUGCAGCAGCGCGAGGAGAAGCUCGUGCAAAAAGUGGCAAGGAUCCACUUUCUUUUGAGCUAUAUAUUUUUUUCUGUGAGCAGCUCCUCCAACAAACAUCAAAGGACAUGCUAUUUGCGAGGGCGUACAUGGUAAUUUCUUGGAAUCUCAUGUGUAGAUCUGCAAACGCUUUUGGCAUUCGCCACGGCCACAUGGAGUGGAGUGGAGAUGACCUGUGUGUGUACUUUGCACACCAGAAAAACGACCGAGAAGGCCGUAGACCUCGUGACCCAAGACACAUCCACGUCAAUCCGUUACGACCAGCUAUCUGUCCCGUGCUAGCUUUGGCAAUAUUUUGGGCUACCUCGUCAUUCGAUGGCUCUGAUCGCUUAUUUCCUGGUAGUAACCAGUGUGAGAGGUUUCGUAAAUGUUGA